CCCAUGGGUAAUCUGAGGAGAGAGAUGAAGGGAAAAAAAGGAAGAAGAGAGAAAGAAGUCUUCAACAUCACGACAGUGGAGGUAGUAAAAGACAGCUAGCAAUGAUGAAGGAGCCUCACCUACCAGUGCCCAUCACAUUCUCUUUCUCUCUUCUCCUUCUUCAUAACCUCCUCUUUCCAUUUAAACCUUCUUCACUCUCCUCUCUCUCCUUUCAAAAACCCCUUACUCCACCACCACCUCUCACACCUCCUCAUUUCCUCAUUGCCUCUUCUCUCCACCUUUUCCACCUCUAAAGAUUGCACCUUUUUCUUUCAGUUUCACCUCAUACUGCAUACAAAGAUACCACUUUUACCCUUCAGGUUUGCUUUCAUCUCCUUCCCACCUUCUAAUUUUCAUCCACCAUUCUGGGGAAUUCCAUUUCAACAAUUCGGCUCCUUUUUCUCAAACCAUGUUUCAACAAUUAUACAAUCCUAAUGUUUCCAACCAUUACAUGAUUUUCUGUUUAUUUCGUUUUUUCUUUCUCUGCCUGGAGUUCAAUUUUCCUCAGUUCAACAAGGGAAUUUUCACCUGCCGAGAAAAUGGUUGGACCUAACUUCAUGGAUGAGAUAGACUGCGGUAGCUUCUUUGACCACAUCGACGACCUUCUCGAUUUUCCUGUGGAGGAUGUCGACGGUGGCGCCCCAACCUUGCCCUCUGUCGCCGCCGCUGCAGCCGGAAACUGCAACUCGCUGGCAAGCAUCUGGCCCGCUGGGGCCGACUCGUUUCCCGGUUCCGACUCGGUGUUCUCCGGCAACAGCGCUUCGGACCUCUCCGCCGAGCUCUCAGUUCCGUACGAAGACAUUGUGCAAUUGGAAUGGCUGUCGAACUUUGUGGAGGAUUCGUUUUGUGGUGGGAGCUUGACCAUGAAGAAAGUGGAAGAGCCAUCGUGCACCACAAAGGAGGACUCAGUGCACAACCAAUUCCACACAUCAAGCCCAGUUUCUGUUCUUGAGAGCAGCAGUUCUUGCUCCGGGGGAAAGACGGUUCCGGCGCCGCCACGCAGCCCGGAGGUUUACAUCCCUGUGCCGUGUGGACGCGCACGCAGCAAGCGUCCACGUCCUGCCACCUUCAAUCCCCGCCCUGCCAUGAACCUCAUUUCCCCUGCCUCCUCCUUUGUCGGGGAGAACAUGCAGCCAAAUGUAAUUUCAUCGAAGGCGUCUUCAGACUCUGAGAAUUUCGCCGAGUCUCAACUUGUGGCAAAGAUGCCAAAGCAAGGGUGUGGAGAGCCAAAGAAAAAGAAGAAAGUGAAGGUGACAGUUCCUGCAGGAGGUGGCGGUGGUGGUGGUGAUAGCAACCAGAACGGGUUGCAAGCGGUUAGAAAAUGCAUGCAUUGUGAAAUAACGAAGACACCACAGUGGAGGGCAGGGCCAAUGGGGCCAAAAACACUGUGCAAUGCAUGCGGUGUUCGUUUCAAGUCCGGGAGGCUGUACCCGGAGUAUCGCCCAGCGGCAAGCCCAACCUUUUGUCCAUCUCUGCACUCCAAUUCCCACAAGAAGGUGCUGGAAAUGAGAUGCAGGGGCAUCGAAAAAUCUGGUUUUGCAAUGAAUAACGUAGCUGCUUCACCCGAACUCAUUCCGAACACUAACAGCAGCCUCAGCCUGGAGUACAUUUGAUGUUAUGUGAAGGAGGAAUGGUUUCUCUUUCGUUGCUGUCCUCUAGAGUCUUCUUGUCUUAUGUUAUUUCUUAUUGAUAUUUCAUUUCUUUGGUUCAUUGGUUUUUGUACAGGGUUGAACUCGGGGAAUAGGAGCAAUAGGUGAUGAUGAUGAUCAUGAUCAUCAUAUUUUUAGCUGUUAGGGGAAGAUUGUAAUCAGAACUGCGGAAAAAAGGGUAGACAUAUGCAAGUCAAAAAGGGUAGGGUCUUAGGUCUAGUAAUUGUAGGUCCCUUAAGGUCAUUUAGGAGUCGCUGUCUCGCUUGUUUUUUUUGUUUUCUUCGAAUUCUUUUCAUUUUUUUCCCCUUUCUAUAUAUAUCCCUAUUUCUGGGAAUUCUUUUUGCAGUUCAUUUGUAGCAAAAACUUCGAGUUGAGUAAGAAAGUUUUCAAUUUGUAAUGCUA